CUACAUAACGUUUAGAACAUCUGGGGUCUAGAGGUGAUUCCCAGCAGGGACCAUGUCUGCGCCGGUGGAAGAGCACAGCGGCGCGCAGCUGCGAGGGAACCUGAGGGCCGUAGUGGAGGACGUGGCGAGGAGGGAGCGCUUCACGGAUGUAGAGGUGGAAGUGAGUCGCGCUUCGGCCAAGGGCGACAACUACAUCGGCGAGCUGCUGCGGGUCAAGGUGAAGGGCAGGAGGGACGGCGAGGAAGGGCAGAGCAUGUCCGUGGUGCUGAAGCUGAUCCCCGAGAACGAGGCGCGGCGCGCCGUAGCCAGGGUCGACGCCUUCUUCGACAACGAGCUGUUCGUGUACAGCGAGGUGAUGCCGGCCUUCCAGUCGCUCCAGGAGGACAGAAGGGUCCCCGAGGCGGAGCGGUUCGGAGCAGUCCCCAAGCUGCUGGCCUGCGACAGGUCCGAGGGAGGCGUGUCCUUGGUCCUGGAGGACAUGUCUCCUAGAGGAUACCGCAUGGCGGACCGCCUUAAAGGACUCGACACUGCGCACUGCUCCUUGGUCAUGAAGGAGCUGGGCAGGUUCCACGCCUUCUCUUUCGCCCUGAGGGACCAGCGACCGGCAGAGUUCCAGCGGCUGAGAUCUGGAGUCACCGAGACCCUGUUCCGACCGCAGUCGGCCUUGGGUGCGGAAAGCGAGGGCCGACUAAAGAGUAUGGUCGACCACGUCACGUCCACCAUGCUGAAGAGGUUCCCGCACGAGUCGGAGUACAUGGAGCGCUUCAGGCGGUUCUGCUCGGACUUCAACAAGCGCGCGGAAGCCGUCGUCAGCGGGGAGGCGGCCGAGCCGUGCGCCGUCAUCUGCCAUGGAGACUGCUGGACCAACAACAUCCUCUUCAAGUACCGCGAGGAUGAUGAAAGUCCAGAAGCUGCGUGCCUGCUGGACUUGCAAGUAUCGCGGUACAGCUCUCCGGUCACGGACAUAGCAUACUUUCUGUACUGCUGUACAGAGAGGAGUGUGAGAAGAGAAGCGUACAAGUCUCUGCUGUCAGACUACUACAACAGCUUCUCACAGUUCUUGCGGUUGCUUGGCUCCGAUCCGGAACAAAUGUUUCCAUAUUCAGCUUUCAAGGAGCAGGAGAGCCGGUUCUCUCACUUCGGCCUGCUGAUGGCGCUGUUCGUGCUGCCCAUCUUCACCGCGGCCUCCGAGGACACCCCUGACAUGGACAACAUCGGCGAGAACACGGCGCGCGACCACCUCGCCAAGAGCGCGUCCAACCAACUCUACCUGCGCAGGAUGGGUGACGUCAUCGAGGACAUGGUGGACAGGAGCUUCAUCUAGCUUGUACAAGUGUGUGUGCAUUACACCUCGAGACCUGAACAAUUCGCGGAUUCAAUGACCUCUAGGAUAACCUCCAUGAUCCUCUGAAUUUCUCAAGCAAACACGCGUGUUCAUUGUGGGUGCUAACUUGUGAGGCGUCUCCACUGGGGUAGCUUGUGAUUCGAGGCUUCUUUGGCCAAUAGUCUUGUCAUUUGCCCAGAAAGCUCCAGUUAAACUGCGAGCCAAUAGCACAACCGGCAGAAUUGUUCACAUGUUUGAAUUUUAGCCUGUCACGAAAUGAAUCCGCGAAUUUUUCCGGUCUCUAAUUACACCUCGAGAAAUAAUCAAGUUUCAGAGACGCGCAGGUAUUUUGAAAUAAACGCUUUUAUCUUCA